UACUAAAUGAUUUAUGGUCAGAAUAAACAAAACUCGCAGAGGCUUUUAUUUUGAAGCCACGUCCCGGAAGUGAGGCGGGUUCCCGGGCUCGGCCAGUGAGCGCGGAGCUUCCAGCCUCUUUGGGACGGAUCAGCUUUGUCCCGUUGUUGUGCUGAGAAAGAGUCUCUGGCACCAACAGCGAGGAGCCGCCAGAGCCUCCGUGUGUCCGGAUAAAGCUGCUGCUCUCCGGCUUCACCUCGGACUCAUCUCCCGGGAGCCUCCGGAGCUACUGGAGGUAGCUUAGCAUGCUAACCGCAAGUUAGCCACAGUGCUAGUUAGCGUGAAAACGGUGUUUGUGAGUUCGUGGAGAAAAGUUUCGAGCGAUGGAAAUGAGUAAAGUCCAGGUGCUGAGAGCGUUGGUGAAGCAGCGACUGAGUGCGGCUGCUGAAGAGAUAUUCGGGCUGUUUGAAAGGACGAUAUCAGAGUACGAGCAGGAACUCUGUCGGUCCAAAGAGGAGAACCAGAGACACAGGAAGCUGCUGGACGCGGUGUUCCAGCCUGAAGUCCGGCUGCACAGAGCAGCAGACGUCCAGCAGCUGUCGGGGAGCAAAGAAGUGCAGGAAGGAAGCUCCAGUCUGGACCAGGAGGACCCAGAGCCUCCACACAUUAAAGAAGAAAGGAACCCCAGUCUGGACCAGGAGGACCCAGAGCCCACACACAUUAAAAAGGAAAGGAACCCCAGUCUGGACCAGGAGGACCCAGAGCCUCCACACAUUAAAGAAGAAAGGAACCCCAGUCUGGACCAGGAGGACCCAGAGCCCACACACAUUAAAAAGGAAAGGAACCCCAGUCUGGACCAGGAGGACCCAGAGCCUCCACACAUUAAAGAAGAAAGGAACCCCAGUCUGGACCAGGAGGACCCAGAGCCCACACACAUUAAAAAGGAAAGGAACCCCAGUCUGGACCAUGAGGACCCAGAGCCUCCACACAUUAAAGAAGAAAGGAACCCCAGUCUGGACCAUGAGGACCCAGAGCCUCCACACAUUAAAGAGGAAAGGAACCCCAGUCUGGACCAUGAGGACCCAGAGCCUCCACACAUUAAAAAGGAAAGGAACCCCAGUCUGGACCAUGAGGACCCAGAGCCUCCACACAUUAAAGAGGAAAGGAACCCCAGUCUGGACCAGGAGGACCCAGAGCCUCCACACAUUAAAGAGGAAAGGAACCCCAGUCUGGACCAUGAGGACCCAGAGCCUCCACACAUUAAAGAGGAACAGGAGGAACUCUGGAACUGUCAGGAGGGAGAGCAGCUUCCAGGACUGGAGGAGGCUGAUAUCACCAAGUUCCCGUUCACUCUUGUCUCUGUGAAGAGUGAAGAAGAUGAUGAAGAGAAACCUCAGUCCUCACAGCUUCAUCAGAGCCAAACUGAACCGAUGGAAGCAGAAGCUGAAGGAGAGGACUGUGGAGGACCAGAACCAGCCAGGGACUCUGAUGAACCAGAUGGACAUUUACAAUCUGAGACUGAAGACUCUUCUGAACCUGAUACUGAAGACAGUGCUGACUGGGAUAAGACCAGAGAACCUAAGUCAGGUGUAAACCCUCACAAAAAUGAUGAAGUCCCUGUCAGUCGUAGGACACACAUUACUGACAAAAAAUGGUUUAGCUGCUCUGAAUGUGUGAAAAGAUUUACGCGCAAGGAACAUUUGCAGAGACACAUGAGAUUCCACACAGGAGAGAAAAGACACAGCUGCAGUCUGUGUGACAAAAGAUUCACUUGGUUUGGUCAACUCAAAAAACACAAGUGUGUUUGUCCUCAGUCCUCAAAGCUUCAUCAAAGCCAAACUGAACAGAUGGAAACAGAAGCUGAUGGAGAGGACUGUGGAGGAUCAGAACCAGCCAGGAUAUCUGAUCUAGAUAGACUUUUACUAUCUGAGACUGAAGACGCGACUGAAGACUCUUCGGAUAUUGAAGACAGUGAUGGUAACGGGGAGAAGACCAGAGAACUUAAUUCAGGUUUAAACUCUCACUAUAAUAAUGAAAAAGUCAAAGUCUGUCGUAGGACACACACAACUGACAAAAAAACGUUUAGCUGCUCAGAGUGUGGGAAAAGAUUUAGGUACAUUAGCUCUCUGAAGGUACACAUGAGAACUCACACAGGAGAGAAACCCUUCAGCUGCAGGGUUUGUGACAGAAGAUUCACUUGGUGUAAACAACUCAAAAACCACAAGUGUGGUGACGAGUCUUCACAUGGAAACCAACCUGAGGAGAACCAAGAGGCAGAGCCUCGAGCCAGCAGCUCAGCUGAACAGAUGGAAACCGAAGCUGAUGGAGAGGACUGUGGAGGACCAGAACCAGCCAGGAACUCUGAUCAAGAUAAACGUAUACAAACUGAGACGGAAGACAAGACUGAAGACUCUUCUGAGGCUGAAAACUAACUUAAACUUUGUUUAAACCCUCUGAAUUAGGAAGUUACUAUCAGUGAUAUGAGAUUUAAAAAAGCAUGGUGAUGGCGCAGUGGAAAAGACACAGGGAGCUGUGAGACCUGGGUUCAAUUCCCCACUGUGACCCAUCCACCAGUGUGUCCCUGAGCGACACGCUGAACCCCCAGUUGUGCAGGAACAUGUACAAAAAUACAUUUAGCUGCAAACUGUUGGACUUACUUUUCUCUGACUGUGACACAAUGUUGACGCACAUGAAAAUGCACACAGAAGUGAAACACUCCACCGCUGUCAGUCUGGAUCACUCACUGAUGUUGCACAGAGGAGAAACCAUAAAGUUGACGGUUCACCUCACACUCAGGAGUCGAGCUGCUGCAUUCAGACGAGUAAACGGCGUAGUUGUCAGAGCAGAAUCCAGUCAGACUACGGGUGCUCCCCGCAGUGAAGCAGCUCUCUGUCGGCCAGCGGCUGCCUGGUCCUCUCCUAGAAACCUCGGUUCAUUACUUUACCUUGUUAUUUCUUUCCUGUUGAAAUCUGUGUCCUAGCUGAAGUAUGACCAGUGGUAAAGGAAGUACUGCAGUAAAAAUACUAAUACCACACUAUGAACACUGUAACCGCAGCAAAAGUCCUGCAGUGAAAAUGUCCCUAGAGUAUUAAAGUACUUGUUGUGUCCAAAGAUCAAUGUUAUUAACAAAUAAAUUAAAAGGAAAAGCAGCAGAUUUUCAUGAGAGAAGCUGAAACAUAAGAUGUUUUACACUCAUCCAGUUAUUGAUUAAUCGACUGAUCGUUUCAGCUGCACUAUGGUUCAAAAUGUUGGAAGUUUCAUUCAUAACAAAACAUAUUUUAUAAACUCUUCAUGUGUUUUGUGUAAAAAGCUUAAUUUUUGUAUUAACUAGUACAUGCUGUCAGAUACAUGUAGUGAAGUAAAAAGUACAAUAUUCUGCUCAGGGCAUCUGUGAGCCACCGUGAGAAGGAAGUGGAACAAACAGCUGACACACUAUUUUUGUUAAUUUGACUAAAAUAAAGGGAAAAUCUAUUCUGAA